AUCGAAGCAAGAAACACUGAGGCAAGAGCAUCGAAAGAACUGCCUGCCACUGAAGGCCACCAUGGGCUCCGUGGGAAGCCAGCGCCUCAAGGAGUCCAGUGUGGCCGGCACUCCUGACAGGACUGUGGUGACCAGCUUCGGCUUCGAGGGCCUCCAACUGGAGGCCAGGGCAGCAGCGGCGGAGGCAGCUCGGGAGCAGAGCCUUAGGGCCAGGGGCAUCUUGACAUCCAUGGACUCUGAGGAGGAGCCAGUGCCCGAUGACCGCUACCAUGCCAUCUACUUCGCCAUGCUGCUGGCGGGCGUGGGCUUCCUGCUGCCCUACAACAGCUUCAUCACCGACGUUGACUACCUGCACCACAAGUACCCAGGGACCUCCAUUGUGUUCGACAUGAGCCUCACCUACAUCCUGGUGGCGCUGGCCGCUGUGCUCCUCAACAACGUCCUGGUGGAGAGGCUGAACCUGCACACCAGGAUCACCACGGGCUACCUCCUAGCCCUGGGCCCCCUGCUCUUCAUCAGUGUCUGUGACGUGUGGCUGCAGCUCUUCGCACACGACCAGGCUUAUGCCAUCAACCUGGCCGCCGUGGGUACCGUGGCCUUCGGCUGCACAGUGCAGCAAUCCAGCUUCUAUGGGUACACGGGGAUGCUGCCCAAGAGGUACACGCAGGGGGUGAUGACCGGGGAGAGCACCGCGGGGGUGAUGAUCUCCCUGAGCCGCAUCCUCACCAAGCUGCUGCUGCCUGACGAGCGCGCCAGCACGCUCAUCUUCUUCCUGGUCUCCGUGGGCCUGGAGCUGCUCUGCUUCUUGCUGCAUCUGCUGGUGCGGCGCAGCCGCUUUGUGCUCUACUACACCACGCGGCCGCGGGACAGCCGAGGCUGCCAGGCGGGCUACCGCGUACACCACGACGUCGCCGCAGGGGACAUCCACUUUGAGCACCAGGCCCCUGCGGUGGCCCACAGCGACUCCCUGGACAGCCCGGCCCAUGAGGUGGCCGGCGGCGGGGGGGCCUACAUGCGCUUCGACGUUCCUCGGCCCCGAGUCAAGCGGAGCUGGCCCACCUUCAGAGCCCUGCUGCUGCACCGCUACGUGGUGGCACGGGUCAUCUGGGCCGACAUGCUCUCCAUCGCGGUGACCUACUUCAUCACGCUGUGCCUGUUCCCCGGCCUGGAAUCCGAGAUCCGCCACUGCGUGCUGGGCGAGUGGCUGCCCAUCCUGGUCAUGGCCGUGUUCAACCUCUCGGACUUCGUGGGCAAGAUCCUGGCRGCCCUGCCCGUGGACUGGCGGGGCACCCACCUGCUGGCCUGCUCCUGCCUGCGCGUCGUCUUCAUUCCCCUCUUCAUCUUGUGCGUCUACCCCAGCGGCACGCCGGCCCUCCGCCACCCRGCCUGGCCCUGCAUCUUCUCGCUGCUCAUGGGCAUCAGCAACGGCUACUUCGGCAGUGUGCCCAUGAUCCUGGCGGCGGGMAAAGUGAGCCCCAAACAGCGCGAGCUGGCAGGGAACACGAUGACGGUGUCCUACAUGUCUGGGCUGACCCUGGGCUCCGCCGUGGCCUACUGCACCUACAGCCUCACCCGCGAUGCCCACAGCAGCUGCCUCCGCACCGCCAACGGCUCCAUCUCUGCYAGCCCCUGAGUCAGGACACGGCAGGCUGCUGGCCCUCCUGCUGCCCAGGGAGGGCUGCUCAGGCUGACCAGGGGCCCUGAGGCCCCCACCCCCUCCCUGCCUGCAGUGCCUGCGGGGCCCCGGCCUCCUCCUAUACCACUAACGCCACCUCUCUGGGUCCAGCAGCCACACCAGCCUGGAACGUGUUAGUGACCCAGGGCUCUGCCCAGCACUGUGUCCACGUCCAGCCUCACACCUGCAUUCCCUUUCCAUCUAGCCUGUGGCCCCAGCUCUAGCCAGGCCAGCACUCUGCAGGGUCAGACCCAGCCUUCCCCACCCAGGAUGGCAGCCAGCCUCCUGGUGUCCCCUUCACAGUGACCCCACCACAGGGUCUACUUCAGGGGCCCCAUGGUCCUCCUCACUGUCCAUGGCACCAGUUAGSGGUAGGGGACCCCUCCUCAUGGACAUAAGAGGACCUCAGAAGAGAGGAGCAGUCCCCAGCCUUCUCACCCUGGGCCUGUCGUCCACCCUGUUCCCCCGAACAGUGCGCUUACUGGAGGAUGGUACCUCUGGUCUGCGCUGGCCUCUUCAUGGGCACCGCACAGCUGGCCCGGGCAGCACCUCCRUACCGAGGUCUCCCUCUGAACCCUCCUGGUGCACAGGCCAGGGGCUGCACUCAGCCUACCUACGAUACAGAAGGAGGGUCACAAAGUAGGCCCUCUUGACUGAAGUCACCUCUUGGCCUAGGGAGGCUCAAGGAGGGACAAGUGGAGCCCAGGAGUCUGGCAAGUAGGGAGGGCUGGGGGGGUCAUUCAGUCAUCAGGCUGGUUUGGGGAUGUCCUGCCAAGGAUGGCUUUCCCAGGGGAGGUCCCCAGUCUUUCCACAUCCCUGRCCCCAGCUGUAAUUGCCCUGUCCUGUCCCCUGCUGUGUCCUGUCC